AUGUUAGUGAAAACAGGCUUGUUCUUGUUACUGGUGACGAUAUUUCAGGUAUCAGCACGCUACACCGAAGUGCAACCUGACUUCAUCGAAAAUGUAAUCAAAUACGAGGAGGAAGCCGUAAACUCGGGGUCUCGUAUCGUAUCGGGAUGGGAGGCAGUGCCUGGCCAGCACCCACACCAUGCUGCUCUUCGAAUGGUAGACCCUACUGGUAGUGUAGGUGGCUGCGGAGGAUCAUUCGCGUCCAAGGAAUGGGUCAUCACCGCUGCUCAUUGUACUGCUGGUCGUGUUACAAUAGUAGUCCGCGGAGGUGUUGUCUCCCUUACCGACCCGGAGUACAUCCACGAGACGACUGAAUACUACAACCACCCGCUGUACGACAACAACCGACCAACUGUUGUACAACCCCAUGAUAUCGGUCUUGUCAAGCUCCAGAGCCCUGUCACAUAUUCCUUCCGUCUGCAACGUAUCCGCAUUCAACCGAGAGCUGAAGCGUACCGUAACUAUGAAGGAGCAGUAGUCUACGCCAGUGGACACGGCAGAACAUGGACUGGAGGCGCCGUCACCGAGGUGUUGCGAUGGGUGUACCUGACCGCGAUCUCGAACCAGGCCUGUGGCAGCACGUUCACAAGUGGCAUCAUCAUCGACACCUCUAUCUGCGCACGAUUCUUCAACGUUACCUCUCAGUCAACAUGUCAGGGAGACAGCGGUGGUCCACUUGUGCAUGUUGGUUCUGACAGUGUUCCGACUCUUAUCGGUGUGACCUCCUUCGUAGCUGGUGGAAACUUCGGUUGUCACUCUGGUCUUCCCGCCGGUUUCAUUCGUCCGGGGCCUUAUCUUGAUUGGUUUGAACAAGUUACUGGCGUUGAUUUUGAAAAUCUAGUUGAAGAUGAGCCCACAACUCCUGCCCCUAGUCCUACAACUCCUCGCCCAACAGAGACGGUGCCUCCUGAAAUUGACUACAAUACAACUCCCGAUUACCGUCCUACCCCUACAAUUCCUGCCCCUAGUCCUACAACGCCUAGCCCAACACAGACGGUGCCUCCUGAAAUUGACUACAAUACAACUCCCGAUUACCGUCCUACCCCUACAAUUCCUGCCCCUAGUCCUACAACUCCUGAACCAGAUCGCCCUACUCCUACUUUCCCUGAUUCAAAACCUACAAGUUCUAUCCCUGAUGUUACCACCUUUGCACCGGUUCAGCCGACUACUGAAGACUAUCAUAUUACAACUCCCGAUGACGAAGAAGGCUCUGGCGGAGACGGCGGUGAUGAUUCUGACUGUUCCGAUUCUAACGAAGAUGAUGAAAUGUCAGAACUUCUUAAACGUCUCGAAGUUAAAGUUAAAGUCAAGGUCAGGUUCGACAAAUACAAACACAAGGAAGAGAAAGAAAAAGUUACAGAAAUUAAGAAACAUCAUUAA